GGUCCACGCUAUAAUUCGCUGGCUAUUCUUUGCAUUUAUUCUCGGCGCCAUCACAAUUGAAUUUUCCUUUUUAACCCAAACUCUGACGCAUCCCUUAUAUCAUUCUAAUUAUCUUCCUUCCCGUCUCUUUGUUUUCCCAGAAAAAGAAAAACAUAGUAGUUUCUUUUAUCUCUGAAUUUGCCUGCAACUUCCAAGGAGUUUUAUUGAUUAUUCAAGAGAAAUGGUUCAACUCAAGGAAUUUCGAAUUGUCAUGCCUAUGUCUUUAGAAGAGUAUCAGAUAGCUCAAAUGUACAUGGUAAUGAAGAUGCAGCAGCAGAGUACUAAUGGAUCUGAAGGUGUUGAAGUCUUGGAUAAUAAACCUUUUCAAGAUGAUAUAUUUGGAAAAGGUCAAUACACUUCGAAAGUUUACCGUUUCCAGAGCAAAGCACCUGUUUGGCUUACAACUAUUGCACCAAAAGAUGCUCUCGUCAUGGAGGAGGAAGCAUGGAAUGCAUACCCAAGAUGUAAAACAGUGAUCAAGUGCCCUUACUUUACCAAGUUCUGUCUCACAAUUGAGACUGUCCAUAGGGCAGACAAUGGAACAUCGGAAAAUGUGCAUGGUUUAAAUGAAGAACAACUGGCAGCUAGACAGGUAGAAAUCAUUGAUAUCGCUUCAGCUGCAACAGAUUACUGGAGUUAUGCUAUUGGAAGUAGCAGUUUUGACUUUUCCAAAUUCAAAUCAGAAAAAUCUGGCCGUGGUCCACUUUUGGAUGGAUGGCAGGACAAUUGCAAUCCAGUAAUGACAGCAUAUAAGUUGGUGACAGUAGAUGCACCAUACUGGGGUUUUGGUUAUCGACUUGAACAAGCUUUGCUAGCGGGUGAAAGGGCUCUCUUCUUGGAAAGUCACCGGAAUUGUUUUGGUUGGAUUGAUGAAUGGUUUGGGAUGACAAUGCAACAAAUGCGUGAACUUGAACAACAAGGUGAUUGCUUAUUAAAUGAGAAAAUUAGCAAGCCAACUUUGCUGACAGACACAGAGGAUUGCGAUCAAACGUUUUCCCACAACGGCGAAAGAUACGUACAGCAAGUGGUCCAUACAUGAUUUUGAAGUAGAAUGAUGUUUCUUUGUUGGUAGUAUAGGCAUGAACCAAGUUCUAUUUGGAUAUGCAUUACAACAGCAGAGUAACAGGAUCAAAGAGCCAGAACCCAACACUUGGAUUCUUACACCGUAGUGACCUUAUAAUUUAAAUAUUUUUUCAUUCAUGUUUUUGUUUAGCAUAAAGUUGUAUUAAUGCGAAUAUUAUUUAUCAGAAACUGUCCAAAAUCUCUUCCUUACUCAAGUUUGAUCGUACAUUAGUUGAGAAGCAAUGUUAUCUUGACUGCGUACCAGCACUCACAAGCCUCUUUAAUGAAACAUACAGAAUGGUCAUUAA